UCGACCACAACAUUCUCAUAGUUUUUUAUUAUAUUUUUUGGUUAUAUUGUUAGAAAGUAGUGUAAUAAUUAAUUCGCCAUGUUUACGGGUACGAUGAAAAUCGAAAUAUGCGAAGCAGUUGGUUUACGUGCCACUGACAAACAGAGAAAAUUUUGGCAAGACGAACCGAUAUUAGAUCCUUAUGUUCAAAUCGACGUUGAUGAGAAUCAUCUUGACCGUUCCUCGACCAAACCCAAAACAUCUGAUCCUGUUUGGAAUGAAUCGUUCACUCAUGAAGUUCAGGGUGCUGUUAACCUUGGAUUAACUGUCUUCCAUGAUGCAGCCUUACCGCCUGAUUACUUUGUUGCCAAUUGCAGCAUCCCCUUCGAGGAACUUGUCAGCAAGAAUGACAAAACUGCUGAUUUCUGGGUCGAUCUUGAACCUCAGGGAAAGUUGCGAGUGAGGAUAGAUUUGAAAUGGAACGAUCUAGAUACAUUGAGUUGUCGCAGUGGCAUCGAUGGAGAAUCCAUUGGUAGUGCUAGAAGUCUGAUCAGUAUUAGUUCAGGAAAGGAGCCUAGGAGAGAAUUCAAAGAAUGGCAAGGAUUCAAUCGUCGAAGAGGUGCCAUGAGGCGUCGUGUUCAUCAAAUUAAUGGCCACAAAUUUAUGGCUACAUUUUUAAGACAACCAACGUUCUGCUCUCACUGCCGCGAGUUUAUAUGGGGCUUGGGCAAGCAGGGCUAUCAGUGUCAAGUUUGCACUUGCGUAGUUCACAAGAGAUGUCAUAAAUUGGUGAUAACAAAAUGUCCUGGAAUGAGAGACGAGGGCAGAAGUACUGGAUUACAGUCACAUCAAGAUACAGAAAGUCCACGCUUUAGCAUAGACGUGCCACAUCGGUUCUUUGUCCAUACAUAUAAGAGGUUUACAUUCUGUGAUCAUUGCGGUUCUCUGUUAUAUGGAUUAUAUAGGCAAGGUUUACAAUGUGAAGCUUGCAAUAUUAAUAUUCACAAAAGAUGUCAAAAAAAUGUGGCAAACAAUUGUGGUACAAAUACAAAGGCGAUGGCAGAAAUUUUAAGCGAAAUGAAUAUCUCUCCUGAUAAACAAAUUAAAGCACCACGAAUUAAUUUUACUAGCUGUCAACCAAGCCAAACGCCGCCAACAGUCGCUGUCACCGAAUCGUUAACAACAGAAGCAUCUAAGACAGCUGUUCAAAGAAAGUCAGAAGAAAGUGAAGGUGGAAUAAAACAAAAUGCGGUAUCCGUUAGUGAAAAUGAAGUAAGAAAGUUUGGUCUAGAAGAUUUUAACUUUAUCAAAGUACUUGGAAAGGGUAGCUUUGGGAAAGUUAUGUUGGUCGAACGGAAGAGUAAUCCUGAUGAAGUUUUUGCUGUUAAAAUAUUAAAAAAAGAUGUUAUUAUACAAGACGACGACGUCGAUUGUACAAUGACGGAGAAACGUAUUCUUACGUUGGCUGCUAAACAUCCGUUCUUAACAGCUAUUCACAGUUGUUUCCAAACGAGUGAUCGUCUCUUCUUCGUAAUGGAAUAUGUAAAUGGAGGUGAUUUGAUGUUUCAUAUUCAAAAAGCUCGUAAAUUCGACGAAGCAAGAGCACGUUUUUAUGCUGCUGAGGUAACGCUAGCGUUACAAUUUCUACACAAACAUUACGUUAUAUAUCGUGAUCUCAAACUGGAUAAUAUUCUUCUCGAUCAAGAAGGCCAUUGUAAACUCGCAGAUUUUGGUAUGUGUAAAGAAGGAAUAAUCGAAGGUAAAACUACGACAUCAACGUUUUGCGGUACACCUGAUUAUAUAGCGCCAGAGAUUUUGCAAGAGUUAGAAUACGGUGCCAGCGUCGAUUGGUGGGCACUAGGUGUAUUAAUGUAUGAGAUGAUGGCUGGUCAACCACCGUUCGAAGCAGAUAACGAAGAUGAUUUAUUUGAAUCUAUUUUACGUGACGAUGUGUUGUAUCCAAUUUGGAUAUCCAAGGAAGCUGUUUCGAUAUUAAAAGGAUUCAUGACCAAGAAUCCAGCUAAACGAUUGGGUUGUGUAGUAGCGAACGGAGGCGAAGCUGCUAUAAGAGUUCAUCCAUUUUUCCAACACAUGGAUUGGGAUGCAUUAGAAGGGCGUAGGGUUAAGCCACCGAUUAAACCAAAAGUUCAGAGUAAAAAGGACGCGUUAAACUUCGAUGCAGAAUUUACGAGGGAGGAUCCAGAAUUGACGCCAGAAGAUCCCGAAGUUGUCAGUUAUAUUAAUCAAGAAGAAUUUCAAGGUUUCUCCUUCGUCAACAAGGACUUCAAUCCAGCAAGAUUUGGGACACAAUAGGAGACAAGAAUUUAUCGAAAGAAGCAAAAUGCAAGGAUGUUUUUAUCGUAA